AGACGGCAUGGGCGAAGGCAAGCAGUUGGACGUGUUGGAGCCCCAAGCGCGAAUGGCGAAGCUCAACUCUUUGACAGAUGAAAAGAUGGAGACGCUGCUAGUGAAGCGGGGCGGCGGCGGCGCCAUAUCUCUGGGGGUGCCGGUGGAGGCCGGAGUGUCAGCUCUGAGGAUCUACAUCGAGGGUGCCGUGGAACACGCUGUGUUGUACCCGCCUAAUGACGCGCCCCAAAUAGACCUCUACAACCAGACAUCGGUGGCGCUCUACUCGCGCGGCUCCCGCACCGACGGCCUGUCUCCGCGCGACGUGUACCUCGCCUUCACUGGGGAAGACUCAUUGUCCGUCCUGCCCGUGUCGACACGGUCCCCGGCCACGGCCGGCGUGUGGCACUUCAGCAUGCGCUGCGACACGUGUGACUACCGACUCACCAUCGGCGCUACGGCUAGCAUCCACUUCACUACUAGCCUGCUGGAUGGGGAUGGCAUUCGACUACGCGUCGUGGGACCAGUGAGCACCGUCAGAGACUCGGCUCUGGUCGACGAAUACGGCGCUGAGCUGAGCAAGCUCACGUUUAGCUACCAACCCGCAGCGGGGGAGGGCGAGCACCCGCGCCCCGGGCAGCAGGACCAGGAGCUGGUGGCCGAGGUGCCGCUCCCCGCAGUGAAGGCUUCCAGGGUCUACGCCAAGAUCGUGGGCCGAGAUGUGCAUGGAGAGUCCUUCGUCCGCCUCUCGGGCCCCCUGCACCAGGCGUCGGAGAUCCGCACCGGCCGGUCAGCCACCGUGGUCUUCCCUGACGCAUUCAGCGAGCUCGAGAUGGCCGAGGAGUACAGUCAGAGGGGGCAGAGGCAGAUGCAGUACAACGAGACUGGUGGGCGGACUACUUCUCAGGUGGUGAACCAACUAGGAACACUGAUGACGACAGUUCAAAUUGGAUUAAGUUCCAGGCUUUAUGGGGCACCGGGAGAAAUAUUUGCGAUCCACUACGAAGUGACAAACUACAGGGACCAGGGCGUGCAAUUCUCGUUCGGGGCCGGAGACGAGCUGUCCUACCUGCUCGACGUGAAACCUCGCUACCAGUACGUGGCAUCAGGGCAAUCGGUGAUCGUCAUCGUGAGGAUGAUCAUAAGCAACGCCGCGACGCCUGGCGCCCGCGACUUGGUCGUAUUCACUGCUGAAGGCCGAGACAAAGCAUCCAUCGCUGCCUACGUCUACGUGACCAGCCCUGACGGUCCACCGACGGACCUCUGGGCUCCCGAAGUCACGCACAGUUUCCAGGGUUCCUGCUUCGGGAAGAUGGGAGACGACUGCGCCCAGAAUGUGUGGUCUGUUAAUGUUGUGGCCAGGGAUAACGUUGCAGGCCUACUCCGAGUGUCCUCCUCCCCGCCCGGCCUGCUCUACGCCGGGAACUUCGUGGCGGGAACCCGGGACAGCGUCGUCAGCACGUACCGCGCCAGCUGUUGCGCGCCACGCCUGCUGGUCACGGCUGUUGACGCCGUGGGCAACGCUCAGAGUUACAAUCUGGAUAUAUCUAACUACUUCACGCCAGCAUCCAUAGCGGCUAUAGUGCUGGGAGUGUUCCUGCUAAUAGCCCUGAUCCUCAUUGUGGCGUUCCUCAUCUACUGGUGUGUGAGGAGGCGGAGGGAGUCCAAGGAGCUACCGUACACGGCUAGACGGGAGAUCGGAUAGAGUUUAAGGCGGCUAGCCUAGCACGGGGUGCAAGAUGCGCACGACAAGACGUGACAAAAGUUCUCCGUCGCUCUCGAAGC